AUGUUCAAAUCCAUAUUUAAAACAUCAAGGAGUUCUAAUAUCAUCUCAUUGAUCUCAGCCUAGAGUAAAGAGUUCUCCAAGGUCAACCAAUUUUACAUUCCUAACAAACCAGACCCAGUUGAGUUCAAGCCAAAGGAUAAUAAGGCUCAAGGACUUAUUCCAGGUCACAAUGUUAAAGAAUGGGACUUAAAAGAUAUAGUAAAAAGUACAGAAGAUCACGUUGUGUUUACUUGGGGUGCCACUGAUCCAAUGAGGAAGGCUGCUAAAGACUUCAAGAGAGGUGAAGGUAUCUAUCUCUUUGAUUAUCAAGGCAGAAAAUACAUUGAUUUCACUUCAUAAGCUAUUAAUAACAACUUAGGCUACUCAAUUCCCCCAUCAGUUCUUGAAGCCAUUACUAAAUAGUUGACCACUCUUCCUUAGUUAUAUGGAGGUUUAACUAUUACUGAACCUAAAGCUAAGCUUGCAUAGAUUCUCAAUGAUGUAACACCUAAGGAUAUUACUGGAUUUUUAUUCCCCUGUACAGGAAGUGAGGCAAAUGAAGUAGCAAUUAGAGCAGCAAGAAGAUUCACAGGUAAAUAAAAGAUUCUCACUAGAUAUAAGUCUUACCACGGAGGUACUACUGGCCCUUUGACUGCCACAGGUGACUUUAGAAGAUAAUUUGGAGAGUCUGGAGUAAGUGGUUUCGUUAAAUUCUUUGAUUUACAAGCUUUUCAGUUCUAAUGGGGAUAAAACUAGCAAUAGUCUGUUUCGACAUAUCUCGCAUAUCUAGAAGAGACUAUUCUUAGCGAAAAUCCAAACUCAAUAGCUGCUAUUAUGGUUGAGACUGUAACUGGUUCAGCUGGUGUUUUAAUUAAUCCUCCAGAAGUCAUAUAGGGCAUAAGAGCUCUCUGCGACAAGUAUAACAUCUUAAUGAUAAUGGAUGAGGUAAUGGUAGGUCUUGGAAGAAUUGGAGAAAUGUUCGGUUUCUAAACCUAUGAUGGAAUUGUACCUGAUAUUUUUACUUGUGCUAAGGGUCUUUCAGGAUCAUUCCUUCCUCUCUCUGGUGUUGGUUUCAGGAAGGAUAUUCAAGAUUACUUCAGAACUAAUGCUCUUGGUUGGGGAACCACUUACUAAGCUCAUCCAGUUUCAUGUAUCUGUGCUUACGAAGUUAUCAAGUAUAUGGUAGAGAAGGACGUAGUUGGAAACGUUAAGAAACUAGAGCCAGUUAUGAUUAAUAGAAUGGAAGAACUCUUAAAGAAGCAUAACAGUUUGAGACAAGGAAGAGCUAGAGGACUCUUUGGAGCUUUUGACUUAGUCGGUGCUGAUGGCUAGCUUAUCAUGAAAUCUUAUUCAGACCCAGUACCAGAAAAAGUCAAUAAAUUCAAGGCCAAGCUUCUUGAAAAUGGCAUUCAAGCAUGGGUAAGACCACCAGUCAUGCACAUUGCCCCACCACUUAUCAUCACUGAGGCUGAGCUAAAUGAUGCUUUUAACAGAGUUGAUGAUGCACUAAAUGUUCUUGAUCACUGA